CAUUGAAAAGUUUCUGGUUUAUUGAUUAUAAAGAGAAGACAUAUCUCUGCUUUCUUGCCUGAAACAUAAGCACGUUGCAUCCCCAUCAAAAUACAACAUGAACACUCAAACAGUGUCAUUACACUUCCUUUGUUUAUUUCUUCUCCUUCAUUUGAUUGAUUCUUUGGACACCCUUGUUCCAAACAAUCCCAUGAAAGAUGGUGAUGUCUUAGUCUCCCAAGCAAGAAAAUUUGCUCUCGGUUUCUUCAGCCCUGGUAAUUCCAGCUUGCGUUAUGUGGGGAUUUGGUACUAUGGACAACCGAAGCGAACUGUUGUUUGGGUUGCUAACAGAGAAAAACCUGUGAACGAUACUUCAGGAGUUCUUGCAUUUGAUCAUUAUGGAAAUUUAGUGAUCCGUGAAAACAAUGGGAGCUUGCCCAUUUGGUCAACCAAUGUUUCCUCUAUGACUUCAAAUAAUUCUGCUACUGCUCAGCUUUUGGAUUCAGGUAAUCUGGUUUUGAAUCAUGAUUUGAGCAAAGUGGUUAUUUGGCAGAGCUUUGAUUAUCCCACAGACACCUUUCUUCCGUCCAUGAAGCUUGGGUUGGACCGGAGAACUGGUUUGAACCGCUUCGUGACAUCUUGGAAAUCCAAAGACGAUCCAGCACCAGGCAGUUGUUCAUACAGGCUUGAACCAACAGGGUACCCAGAGUUUUUCCUUUACAAGGAUGGAGCUCCGUAUUGGCGGGGCGGACCAGUAACUGUUGGCGUUCUUAAGACAGCUUACGGUUUUAUCUAUAGUAAUGUCACAACUGUGAUUAAUGCGGAGGAGGUUACUGAUAUGUAUGGCAUCGUCGACGCAUCGGUCAUCUCUAGAACUGUGGUGCAUGAGUCAGGGUCAGUUAAGCACUUCAUAUGGCAUGAUGAAGAGCAGCGGUGGACCAUGUUUUUAUACUAUCCAAAGGAGCAGUGUGACUACUACGGCCAGUGUGGGUCUAAUGGCAACUGUGGUGCAAACAAUGCAGACCAGCUUGACUGCACAUGCCUGCCUGGAUUUGAGCCAAAGUCUCCAGGAGAUUGGUACUUAAGGGACGGAUCAGGCGGGUGCAAGAGGAGGCAAGGUGUGUCACUGUGUCAAAGUGGGGAAGGUUUCGUGAAGGUGAAACAGCUGAAGUUGCCAGACACUUCAACAGUGCAUGUCAACAUGAACCUGAGCUUGAAGGAGUGUGAGCAGGAAUGCUUGAGGGAUUGCAAUUGCACAGCCUAUUCGAGUGCAAAUGAAAGUAUGGGGGAAUAUGGAUGCCUCAAAUGGUAUGGAGAUUUAGUGGAUGCAAGAGCAUUUUCAGACUCGGGUCAAAAUUUAUAUGUGCGGGUCGAUGCAAUUGACCUAGCUCGCUAUAGGAAAAGGAGUACUCUUGUCAAGAAGGUGAUGGCGGCAACAGUGUCGGUAUCUGUACUGGUGUUGCUGCUCUUAGGCUGCCUUGUGUACUGCCUUCUGUUGAAGAGGAAAAGAGCAGAUAGAAGAGGGCGUAAUCAUCUGUUUAGUGUUACCACAAGCUCAACAUAUUUCGACCAAAUUCCAGGUCUGAAAGACCUAAAUAGCAAAGGUAGGCGAAAAACAGACUUGCCAGUCUUUGAUUUUGGAAGUGUAGCUGCAGCCACAAGCAAUUUUUCCUCUGCCAAUGAGCUCGGCCAAGGCGGUUUUGGAUCUGUAUAUAAGGGUGUGAUGAAUGACGGAACAGAAAUAGCGGUUAAAAGGCUCUCAAAAUAUUCCGGACAAGGAAAUGAAGAGUUCAAAAAUGAAGUCAUGUUAAUUGCCAAACUCCAACACCGGAAUCUGGUGAAAAUCUUAGGUUGCUGCAUUCAAGAAGAUGAAAAAUUGUUAAUUUAUGAGUAUCUACCCAAUAAAAGCUUGGAUUCAUUACUUUUUGAUGAAACAAAGAGAUCACUUCUGGAUUGGGGAAAAAGGUAUGCAAUCGCAUAUGGGGUAGCGGGACUCAUGUAUUUACAUCAGGAUUCAACCCUGAGGAUAAUCCACAGAGAUUUAAAAGUUAGCAAUGUCUUACUAGAUGUUGCAUUGAACCCCAAGAUUUCAGAUUUUGGGCUAGCGAGGAUUUGUGGAGGAGACCAAAUUGAAGGAAAAACGAAGCGCGUGGUUGGGACAUAUGGGUACAUGGCACCAGAGUAUGCUCUACAAGGCCGGUUUUCUACAAAAUCAGAUGUGUACAGUUAUGGAGUUUUGUUAUUAGAGAUCAUCACAGGCCAAAGAAACAGUGGGUGCUAUCAUAUGAAUCCCUUUUGCAAUUUAAUUGGCCAUGUAUGGGAGCUGUGGAAAGGAGGAAAAUGCAUGGACAUUGUGGACAAAUCAAUUGACAGGACACAUUCUAAGGAAAUGGUAUCGAGGUGCAUUCAAAUCGGUCUUCUGUGCGUGCAAAGAUAUGCGUCGGAUAGACCAACUAUGUCCACGGUGGUCUUCAUGUGGAAUGCUGAUGCGGUACUUCCAUCCCCGAAACAGCCUGCGUUCAUCGACGAGAGCACCCGCACUGGAGAUAUUCAGACAAGAUGUAGCAGAACAUGUUCCGUUAAUGGAGUUACAAUUACUGUUCUUGAAGCUCGUUAGUCACAUGCCACCACCAGUGAACUGCGUAAUCUACUCAACUUGAGAAAUUGAGAUACUUCCUGUAUUGGUAGAUAGAUGACACCUAAAGGCUAAUCGUGUCGUACAUGAGGUAAGUUGUAGUUCUGGUGCGUAUGAGAAAAGUUCAUAUGUAGAUUAGGUACAAUAGACUCCUGUUAAAAAUUUCCUUGAUCUAUUGAUUGAGCUCAAUCUUUGUCUCUUAAACAGAGACUUGUACAUGUAAAGUGCUGUUGC